AUGGGCGGCGGCGGCAGUGGUCGAAUUGGUAAGCGGAGCAAAGGGGGGCUUGGAGACACGUGGGGAGGCGGCGAAGGGGCAGGAGGAGGGGGAGGAAGAGAGGGAGGUAGUAUUAACCGCGUGGCUGUGGCUGUAACGACAACACCGGCUGCAGCCGCUACAGCCGUAGUGCCUCUGCCGGCUGCAGCGACCGUGCCGGCUGUAGCCACCGUGCCGGCUGUAGCAGCUACAGCGGAGUGGAACAUGGACUUGCUGAGCGCGCCGCUGAGCUCGAGCAUGCAGCAGCGGAAGCAGCAGCAGCGAUCGUCACCGUCGGGUCUUGAGACGUCUCAAAACUUGCUGAGCGCGCCGCUGAGUUCGAGCCUGCAGCACCAGAAGCAGCGCAAGCAGCACCGAUCGUUACCGUCAACUCGAGCGUCGUCAGGGUCGCCGCAAGUCUCGGUAACAGAUGCUGCUGCUGCUGCUGGCGGUGCUGCUACUUCUGCUGGCGCUGCUGCUGCUGGCGGUGCUGCUACUUCUGCUGGCGCUGCUGCUGCUGCUACUUCUGCUGCUGCUGCUGCUGCUGCUGCUGCUGCUGCUGCUGCCACGGUUGCUUCUCCUGGUCUUGCCGCCGUGUCCCCUGUUGCCGCAACCCCUUCCCCCGCCAUUGCUCCUCCCUUCAUCUCUUCAGCCGCCCUCACCUCUUUCGCUGAUAGCACCGGCCCUACUGUUGCUGCUGCUGUUGGUGGUGGCGGUAACAGUAGCAGUGGUGUCAAGGAGGGAGGAGUACUUAGUGGUUCGGGGGGACUAGAGCUUGGGCCUCGCAGGAAACCAGUGGACUUAGCUAAGCGUCUGGCUAGUGCGGUUAAGUAUCAGAAGCAGCAGGUGUCUAGAGCGCAGUCAAAUCCGCAGCCGCAGCAGCAGCAGCAGCAGCAGCAGCAGCAGCAGCAGCAGCAGCUGCAGCAGCAACUGUCGCAGCCGCUGCAGAGCCAGCAAGCAGAUGAGAGACAGCAGGUAGCGCAGCAGCAGCAGCAGCAGCAGCAGCAUCAGCAACAACAAAAGCAACUGCAGCAGCAGCACGAUCAGCUAUGGGAGGCGCUGCAAGGGUGGCCGCAAGCACAGCACCAUCAGAUGCAGCGGCAGGAGCAGGGGCAGCAGCAAGGGCAGCAGGCGGGAAGUAGAGUGACGGAUUCUCUUUUGCUUGCGCUGGUGAGACGGCAGCUGUCGGGACAGGAAACAGAGCUAGCGCAGCGAGGCCAGGACCAGCAGAGGGAGAAGCAGAAUCAGCAACAGCAGCAACCGCAGCAGGAGCAGCAGCAGCAGCAGGAGCAGCAGCAGCAGCAGCAGCAGCAGCAACUAUACCAGCAGCAGACUCAGCAGCCGCAAGCACAACAGCCGCUACAACCGGCACAACGGGCGCUACAGCCGUCCAAGCGGCCGCUACAACCGUCCCAGUUCGAUUUAGAGUUCCCAUUCGCUAGCAUUGACUCUAUGCGCGCAGCAGAGAUGGAAGCACUGGAAAAGGCUAUUACAGGGUUCUCACGGGGUGCUUCUAACGAGGAUAGGCUCGCUGUAGGGUCUGGUGGGUUGGCAGUAGGUUCGGGAGAGAGGAGCAGGUUUGGUGUGGUUGGGAUGACGGGCCAGGGCUGGAGCGGUGGUGGUAGGGGCGAUGCCAGUGCUGCUGCUUGUGGUCAUGCUGGUGUUGGUGGUAGUGGUGGUUUGAGUGGCAUUCGUGGUGGUGGUGGUGGUAGUCGUGAUAGCACCGCUGCCGCUGCUGCUGCUGCUGCUGCUGCUGCUGCUGCCAGUGGUGACGGUCAUGAGGCGCUUCAGAAUCGGACAGGAGGAGGAGGGAGGGACUUGGCGUCUGAACUGGCGUCUCUGGUAGGGAGAGCCAGCUCUGGUGAGAGCGGUGGGGUCAUGCAAGUUGACGGUAAUGAGGAGGAGGUGCUGGAAAAUAGGGCAGGAGGGAGGGAUUUGGCGUCUGAAUUGGAUUUCCUGGCAGGCGGAGGCAGCACGGAGAGAAGUGGUAGUUCCGAGCGGCCGAAGCAGAACCACCAACCAGGAGUGAUUCAACCGAGAGUGAUGGAGCAGCAGCAGCAGAGAGUGAUUCACCUGAGAGGGGAGCAGCAGCAGCAGAGAGUGGAAGCGGUGCCGAGGGCAGUGAGUGAGUUUGGAGACUCGGAGAGUGUGCGGGACCUUGCGAGUGGGAGAGUGUCCGAUGAAGGGUUGCAACAAGACUUGCUGCAGCUGGCUGAAGCCGUGGCCACGGGGGACCAGGACCUGCUGCAACUGGCUGAAGCCGUGGCCAUGGGCGACCAGGUGAAGGGAGAGUGGGGAGAGGGGCGACCAGGUGAAGGGAGAGUGGGGAGAGGGGCGACCAGGCAGGUGAGUGAGAGUGGGAGGGUGUCAGACGAGGGGUUGCAGCAGGACCUGCUUCAACUGGUUGAAGCUGGCGCUACAGGGGACCAGCCGCGUAUGGUGGCUUUGACUCGUCGCCUGCGUCCGCUGUCCUCCCCAUACGGCACGCCCAUGCAACGCGUCUCCCACUACCUGCUCACAGCCCUCGCCAAGAGGGCUGCUGGGGCGCUGGGGACCGACUACAUUGCUUAUCUCAGCCGCGCGCCUGAGGUGAGAUGGGGGGGGAAAGCUGUUGGUUCUGCUGCUGCUGUCUCCCACUACCUGCUCACUGCCCUCGCCAAGAGGGCUGCAGGCGCCCUGGGGACAGACAGUCUACACGGCCUAUCUGAGGGCUGCUGGGGCGCUGGGGACGGAUUAGAUCGCAUACUUGAGCCGCGGCGCGCUCCAGAGUUGGCGCCGGUGGUGCCAUCUCAUGCCUCCCUACCACCUGCUCACUCACUCCCCUCGCCACUACCACCUGCUCACUCACUCCCCUCGCCACUACCACCUGCUCACUCACUCCCCUCGCCACUACCACCUGCUCACUCACUCCCCUCGCCACUACCACCUGCUCACUCACUCCCCUCGCCACUACCACCUGCUCACUCACUCCCCUCGCCACUACCACCUGCUCACUCACUCCCCUCGCCACUACCACCUGCUCACUCACUCCCCUCGCCACUACCACCUGCUCACUCACUCCCCUCGCCACUACCUUUGGAUCUAGCUGCAGGCUGCCUGGGAACCGCCCUGAGAACCCCCCUGGGAAUCCCCCUGGGAGCCUCCCUGGGAGCCUCUCCUUCCUCUCCUCCAUUCGCCCUUCCUAUCUUCAAUCACCCUUCCCUAUCCCCCAUUUCCGCCCUGUCCUGCAGACCUACCAUCUCACAUGCGCUCCCCUCCCCUCCAUCCCUUUCCUCCCCUCUUCAUUCAUCCCCGUUCCUCUCCAUCCCUCUCCACCCCUCUCCACCACAGGAGGAGGCGUUGAUUCUGGCCUUUGCAGCGCACUGCCCCACGCUGCAGUUCUGCUACUCCGCCCUGGCCUGUGCCAUGCUGGUGAGGCGUGCAGAGUGGUGCAGAGGGAGGACAAGCCCAACAUCCACAUCGUCUACCUUUGAGGCGCCUCAAAAGUACCAUGCGAGCAUCAGUGCAACUCCUCUCUCCCCCGCCCCAACCCCCCAACCCCCCCUUGUCCCCCUUCUUCUCAACCCCUUUCCCUCUACAGGAUGCAGAGAGGACGAGUCCAACAUCCACAUCGUCGUCAAUAACUCCCCCCUUCCCCCUCUCUCCCCCCCCCUCUCCCCCUUUCUCCCCCCUCCCCCUCCCCCUCCCCCUCCCCCCCUUCCAUUCUCUCCUCGCUUCCCCCUGCUUACCUCCGUCUUUCUAACCCCUUCCUGCCCCCCUUCCCCUCCACAGGAUGCGGCAGAAGAUGAGACCAACAUUCACAUCGUCGACUUUGCCAUGUGGGCAUCAGACGCAGCAGAGGACGAGACCAACAUUCACAUCGUCGACUUUGCCAUGUGGGCGGGCCAGUGGCCAAUCGUCAUCCGCCAGCUGGCGGCAGCUGCCCGGAAAAGAAUGGCCGCUGCAGCCGUUACCAUCAAAAGCCUUAACAACAGCAGCAGCAGUAGCAUCGGUGGCGGCGCUGGUGUCAGUCCGUCCACCUCCGCUCCCUCUCCCAUCCCUCCCUCCUUCCUCCGAAUCCGAUUCACAGCUGUAGACCCUCCCUUUGGUCACCCGUAUGGGACCGGCCUGAAGCUUCCUGCGGCUUUCCUGCAGGCUGAGCUGGCACGGGCGGCGCAGGAGUGCGGCGCGAGCUUGUCCUUUUCCCGGGUGGAGGCGGCGCCGGAGACGCUGCGGGCGGCGGCGAUUGGAGUGGAGCGGGGGGAGUGUGUGCUGGUGAAUAUUGCUGGGCGGCUGGCGUGUGUGGCAGACUCAACAGUGCUGAGACACAGCCCAAAGGAUACAGCAAUAAAGGCGAUCAUGCAACUAGACCCAAAAGUAGUUGCUCUGGUCUCCUUCGGCCGCCGCGGCUUCGAAGAGUUUGUUCUCGCACGGGAAAUGGUGAACCUGGUAGCGUGCGAGGGCAUGCAGAGGCUGGUGCGAGCAGAGAGUUUGGACCAGAUGCAUGCGCGGAUGGGGAGGUUGGGGGUGGCGGCACGGGCGUUCAGCAAGAGGAGCAUGUGGGGGUUGAACAGCAGGGGGGCGUGCGGCUUCUGUGGAGCGGCAAGUCGAUUCUGGGUGCUUCUGCUUGGACCCCUGGGAGAAGAAGGGAGGGGAUGA